GAAAGAUUUAUGUAGGAUAAAGAUGGCAAAUAAGGGACACGCGAACUUGUCAAAAUUAAAUGUCAAUUGAAAGUUAGAAAACUUGAUAUAAAUUCCUUGAAUUCUUCGAUUUUAUGAAGUAUUUGGUUAUAAAAGUAUUAUAAGUUAGCGGUAUUUCUACAAAAGUAUUAAAGUAACCAUGGCCAAAAGAUCACAACCUGCUUGGUCGCCGCCAAAAGGCGAGAAAAGGCCAGUAUUAAAGCUUUACAACAGUUUAACGCGGCAAAAGGAAGAGUUUGUGUGCAACAAUGGCAAUCGUGUUAACUGGUACAGCUGCGGCCCUACGGUCUACGACGCCUCACAUAUGGGACAUGCCAGGUCCUACAUAUCUUUCGACAUAUUAAGACGGGUGAUGUCCACGUAUUUCGGUUAUGACAUCCUGUAUGUAAUGAACAUAACAGAUAUAGACGACAAAAUUAUCAAGAGGGCUAGACAGAACCAUUUGUACGAGAAAUAUACAAAAGAUCAGAAAACUCUUAAUGUUAUAAUAGAUGAUGCAACAGCAGUGGUGAAUUACUAUGAAAACAUUGUCAAAGACACCGGCGACCCAGAUAAAAAGAAUGCCAUGCAGAAAAUGCUAGAUAAGGUUGCAUUAGCAGUUCAAAAUUUAAAAUUGGCAGUGGAGUCGAAGGAUCAGGAUAAAAUUAUAAAGACCAAAUGUGAGUUAUUGAAGUCUGCAAAGGAUCCAAUAUCAGAAUGGCUGGAUAGCAAAUACGGUGGCACUGUCACAGACAAUGCUAUUUUCACUGCUCUGCCUAGUUAUUGGGAGAAUGAGUUCCAUAAGGACAUGAGGGCAUUAAAUGUAUUACCUCCGGACGUGUUAACAAGAGUUAGUGAAUACAUACCACAGAUCAUAUUAUACAUUCAGAAGAUCAUCGACAACGGCCUAGCAUACGAGUCCAACGGUUCGGUGUACUUCAACGUGAGCGAGUUCGACAGCAGAGAGAAGCAUCACUACGCUCGGUUGGUGCCUGAAGCGUACGGGGAUACCAAGUCACUGCAGGAGGGAGAAGGUGACCUGACAGACGACACGGCAGAGAAGCGGUCUCCGAACGACUUCGCCUUAUGGAAGCGCAGUAAGGCUGGGGAGCCGUCAUGGCAGUCCCCGUGGGGCGCGGGCCGGCCCGGCUGGCACAUCGAGUGCUCCGCCAUGGCCUCGGACGUGUGCGGGGACAAGCUGGACAUACACACUGGGGGAGUGGACCUCAAGUUCCCUCACCAUGAUAAUGAGCUGGCUCAAAGUGAGGCCCACUACGACCAGCCCGGCUGGGUGAACUACUUCCUGCACACAGGCCACCUCACCAUCGCGGGCUGCAAGAUGUCCAAAUCCCUCAAGAACUUCGUCACCAUCUCUGAAGCCCUGCAGCGCCACACUGCGAGGCAACUGCGGUUCGCUUUCCUGUUACAUGGCUGGAAAGAUACCUUGGACUACUCCGAUAAUACUAUGGAGAUGGCCAUGCAGACUGAGAAGCUUUUCAAUGAGUUCUUCCUGACGGUGAAGGACGCGCUCCGCAGCGGUUACGGCGAGGGCUGUGGCGGCGGCUGGAGCGCUGAUGAGCAGCUGCUAGCUGGCAAACUCAGUGCCGCUAAGGAGCAAGUACAUGCUGCGUUCUGUGACAACAUAGACACCCGCGGCGUCAUCGAUGCGCUGCGCGAGGUGGUGGGCGCGGCGCACGUGUACCUGCGGGCCGCGCAGCCGCCCGCCGCGCCGCUGCUGCUGGCCGCGGGCCGGUACGUCACCGACGUGCUGCACACGCUCGGGGCCGUCGACGGCCCGCGCGGCGGCAUCGGCUUCCCAGUCGGCGGCGGGGACGCCGUCAAUCUGGAAGAGACAGUGAUGCCAUACCUGGAGGCGCUAAGCACCUUCCGCGCCGACGUGCGCGCGGCUGCGCGUGGCGGCAAGGCCAACGAGAUCCUGGCGCUGUGUGACCAGCUGAGGGACGUCGUGCUGCCAGACCUCGGGGUGAGGCUUGAGGACAAACCUGAUCGUACAGUGGUAAAACUGGUGAGCAAAGAAGAACUGAUGAAGGAACGCGAAGAGAAGAAGCGGAUAGAAGCAGAGAAGCUGAAGAAGAAACAGGAACUGCUGGAAGCUCAGCGGUUGAAAGAAGAACAAAAGAAGAUCCCGCCCGCAGAGAUGUUCAAGAAGGAAACUGAUAAAUAUUCCAAGUUUGAUGACAAGGGCCUGCCAACCCACGACCAAGAGGGGAAGGAGCUUAGCAAAGGACUGGUCAAGAAGCUUCAGAAGCUGCAGCAAGCUCAGGAGAAGAAGUACAACGAGUACCUAGCCGCACUGAACACCUGCUGAUGUUAGGUUAUCUUUCUUUUUGUAUGUAAAAUAAUUUGGUUAAUAGGGAACUAAAGAGGAUCUAGUUGAUAAUGUUCUUAUUUCUAUACUGGCUAUAACCCGCGCGAAUUGAAACGCUUCGAAUUGCCGCAGGUAUGCGAUAUGUAUCUUGAUUGCAAAACUCAGUUGCUUUACAUUCGAUUAAAUGCUUAGCCAGUUUGUAUGAAGGAAGUGCUAAUAUUAUUUUUAAACGUGUGGAAACUAACUUUAAGAGACAUGUCUUCUUUUGUAAUUAAGAAUAAUCCAAUGCAUUUGAUUAAAAGGGUACAUUCAAUAUUAAGUUAAUUACUAGAUAAAUUAAUAUACUA